UCUUUUAUUUAUUAGUUUAUAGUGGGGACAGACAACCCACAUUUUUCAUGCUUCAAAAAUCUCCAUCUUAUCUGUAAUUUCGUCUUAUUCAAGAACUAGAGAGAGAGAGUGUGUGGAAUUUGAAUAGUAUUGUACUGGGAUCUUCUCAUUCUUGUUUCUCCAGUCGGCCAGUUGUUUAGGAAACAGAAUUAAUCGAAAUGUCUCAAAAUGGUCAUACGAAACAGCAAGAUGAAGAGGAACCAAAUUCGAUCUUUGAAAUAGGUGAUUCGGAUCUUAUGUCGAGAUUAACAUCGGACAGGCAACGGCCAUUAAGCAUGGAGAGAAAAAGGUCAUUUGAUGAGAGGUCGUUUAAUGAUCUAUCAUUGUCUCCGCCGCGACAACUUUAUAGAAACUCUGAGAAUUCAUCUUCUCGGGUUUUUGAACAUCUUGAUAGUUUUUCAACUGGUCGGAGAUCUGGUUUCAGCACACCUAGAUCUAUGCAUUUUGAGCCACACCCUUUAGUGUUUGAAGCAUGGGAUGCCCUUAGACGUUCAUUGGUUCAUUUCCGGGGACAACCGGUUGGUACUCUUGCUGCUGUUGAUCAUUCUGUUGAAGAACUUAACUAUGAUCAGGUGUUUGUUAGGGAUUUUGUUCCAAGUGCUAUGGCUUUUUUAAUGAAUGGUGAACCUGAGAUUGUGAAAAACUUUCUAUUGAAAACACUUAGACUUCAAUCAUGGGAGAAAAGGGUUGAUCAAUUUAAGCUUGGGGAAGGUGUUAUGCCUGCGAGUUUUAAGGUUCUUCAUGAUCCGGUUAGGAAUACUGAAACUAUAAUGGCGGAUUUUGGUGAAAGUGCUAUUGGGAGAGUUGCUCCUGUUGAUUCGGGUUUUUGGUGGAUAAUUCUUCUCAGGGCGUAUACUAAGUCGACAGGGGAUACAUCUUUGGCUGAUUCUCCUGAAAUCCAAAGGGGGAUGCGGUUAAUACUUACUUUAUGCUUGUCUGAAGGAUUUGAUACAUUUCCUACUCUCCUUUGUGCAGAUGGAUGCUCUAUGAUUGAUCGAAGAAUGGGGAUUUAUGGAUACCCAAUUGAAAUCCAAGCACUUUUCUUCAUGGCAUUAAGAUGCGCAUUACAGCUACUAAAACAAGAUCAUGGUGGAAAGGAAAUGAUCGAUCUCAUAGUUAAACGUCUUCAUGCAUUGAGUUUCCAUAUGAGAAGUUACUUCUGGUUAGAUAUAAAACAAUUGAAUGAUAUUUACCGUUACAAAACAGAGGAAUACUCACACACAGCUGUAAACAAGUUUAACGUGAUGCCAGACUCGUUACCCGAUUGGGUUUUCGAUUUCAUGCCAACACGAGGUGGUUACUUCAUAGGAAAUGUAAGUCCUGCGAGAAUGGACUUCAGAUGGUUCUGUUUAGGAAACUGCGUGGCAAUCCUUUCUUCUUUGGCAACUCCAGACCAGGCGUCUGCGAUAAUGGAUCUGAUUGAAGCUCGUUGGGAUGAAUUGAUUGGGGAAAUGCCUUUGAAGAUUACUUAUCCUGCUAUGGAAGGACAUGAAUGGAGGAUUGUAACUGGUUAUGAUCCGAAAAACACUGCUUGGAGUUACCAUAAUGGAGGAACAUGGCCAGUGCUGCUUUGGCUGUUGACGGCCGCGUGUAUCAAAACCGGAAGACCUCAGAUCGCUAGAAGGGCGAUUGAGCUGGCGGAGACGAGAUUAUUGAAAGAUCAAUGGCCGGAAUAUUAUGAUGGGAAGAUGGGGAGGUUUAUUGGAAAACAGGCGAGGAAAUAUCAGACAUGGUCGGUUGCAGGUUAUUUGGUGGCGAAGUUGAUGCUUGAAGAUCCUUCUCAUGUUGGAAUGAUAGCUUUGGAAGAAGAUAAACAGAUGAAACCUCAAAUCAAAAGAUCUGCUUCAUGGGUGUGUUGCUGAUGAUGAUCUUCUACUAUGAUCAUUGUUUUUUUUUUUUGUGUGUGUUAAGAAUAAUGGUUUUUGUUCUUCCAUAUGAAUCUAAGUCUUUAAGUGUGUUGUGUUAUUAUUAUUUUUCUUUUUAAGAAGUUAAGCAUUUAUUUGAA